CCAUAUCACUAAAAAUCUUUUCCCAGAGCAAUCGAUACAACAAUGUACAAUCCUGAAUACCACUACUUCUUCAAGCUCUUGCUUAUUGGCGACGCCGAUGUCGGGAAGACCCGCCUGCUACUCCGUUUCGUGGAUGGCAUUUACAACCAGAAUUCCAGCGUUACCAUCGGUGUCGGCACCAGGACUCGUACUAUAGAACUGGACGGGAAGAUCAUUAAGCUGGAAAUCUGGGACACAGCAGGCGCAGAACGUUUCCGAACUAUCACAUCGGCAUAUUACCGUCGCGCACAUGGAGUUAUUGUCGUAUAUGAUGUGACCGACGGUCCCUCAUUCAAACACGUCAAGGGGUGGCUGGACGAAAUCGACCAAAGUGGUCCUCCCGGAGUGAACAAGCUCCUCGUUGGCAACAAGUCGGAUUUAACCAGUCAAAGGGUUGUGAGUCACGCCGUUGCCAAGGGAUUUGCUGAUCGGUUAUCCGUUCCGUUCCUCGAAACUUCGGCAAAGAAUGCAGUCAAUGUCGAGGAAGUCUUCCUGACCAUCGCUAAACAGCUUAAAGACAGCAUGGAGUCAAUCUCCACUCCAACUAACGAUAGCUCAAGGGCUAACAUGAUCGAUCCUGGCCAAUCGGUGUCUGCUCCGAGCUCUGGAUGCUGCUAAGCAACAUUGGAUCUUACACAGACAUUUCCACUCGGAUUGGGUGUUGUAUCCCCCUCAUCUCUUCUUGGUUUCUUGUUCCCCAUGUUUGGUGACCGGAGGCCGUCGCACGCCCUGAGAUGCGAGUCAUGAAUUGGCGCCACUUGAUUCGAUCCGUACGGCGCUUGGGCUCGUACCAUCAACUCGGUGGUGUUCAGCGAUCUGGAGCAUGUAUCUCGUAUUCUGCUUUACUUAAUGUACACCCUCAAAGUCAACCACUACCGAAUCGCAGAACCAACUCCGACAUCCUGCAAAUGAGUGGUAAUAUUUCCAACUUGGUCGAUCCCUUAUCAUGAUCAGUCUAAAAACGAGUGUCCCCACUUCUUCCGUACAACCCGGUUUUUUUUUUU